CUGAAUCUGAAUGGUAGCAAGGAUGGGCAUUUCAAGAAGGGGGCUGGACCUGAAUUGUUGAUCAGAUUACAUAAAAGAAUGCACUAGGAAAUGCACUUUAUUUUAUCUCAGGAUAUUGGAACAGGCAAUAUUUGAUACUGGAGCCAUGACUGGAUGUCCGUUUUGGAAGAACAAAUACCAAUUUAAUUUUACUAAACUGGCUUUGGGAGAUGGAGCAGAUGACAAAUCGCAGGAAGGAUUAAACAAGGCUAGCAAAGGUGGUCUUAUCUAUGGCGAAUAUCUACAUCUGGAUAAAAUAUUGAAUGCACAGGAACUUCAGAGUGAAAAUAAGGGAAACAAAAUUCAUGAUGAACAUCUGUUUAUUGUGACCCAUCAAGCUUAUGAAUUAUGGUUCAAGCAGAUCCUGUGGGAAUUGGAUUCUGUUCGCGUGAUAUUUCAGAAUGGCCAUGUGCGAGACGAAAGGAACAUGCUGAAGGUGGUUACUCGAAUGCAGAGAAUUGCAAUAAUCCUUAAAUUGCUUGUGGAACAAUUUUCCGUCCUAGAAACAAUGACAGCUCUGGACUUCUUCGAUUUUAGAGAUUAUCUAAGUCCAGCUUCAGGAUUCCAGAGUUUACAGUUUCGAUUAUUGGAAAAUAAGAUUGGCGUCCCUCAAAAUCUGAGAGUUCCAUAUAACAGAAGGCACUACCGGGAUAACUUCAAGGGAAAGGAAUCUGAAUUAUUGCUUAAAUCGGAACAAGAGCCAACACUACUGCAGCUAGUCAAAGCAUGGCUAGAAAGAACACCAGGACUUGAACCAGAAGGAUUUAAUUUCUGGGGGAAAUUUGAAGCAAAUGUACUUAAUGGAUUAGAACAAGAAUACGCAAUAGUACAGGCUAAAGAAGACUCUGAGGAAAAAGAAGAUCAAAUGGCAGAACUUCAGAAGCAAAAAGAAGUACUUAUGUCAUUAUUUGAUGAAAAACUCCACGAACAUCUUUUUAGUAAAGGUGACAGAAGAUUGUCCUAUAAAGCAAUGAAAGGGGCGUUAAUGAUAUACUUCUACAGAGAGGAACCUCGCUUCCAAGUUCCUUUUCAGCUUCUUACUUCUCUUAUGGAUAUUGAUGUUCUAAUGACUAAAUGGAGAUAUAACCAUGUGUGCAUGGUGCACAGAAUGAUUGGGAGCAAGGCUGGGACUGGAGGCUCAUCAGGCUACCAGUAUUUACGCUCAACUGUAAGUGACAGAUAUAAAGUAUUUGUUGAUUUAUUCAAUCUUUCAACUUACUUGGUGCCAAGAAGUUGGAUCCCAAAACUGAAUCCAACACUUCAUAAAUUCCUUUACACGGCAGAAUGUUGUGACAGUUCAUACUUCAGCAGCGAUGAUUCAGAAUAACAGCUUUCAAAAGGCCUGGAAGUUGUGGAGUCGACACAUACAUCCAGAGGCACUGGUUUAAAAUAACUUAAACAUGCAGACUAAUAAUUUAUAUAUAUAUAAAUAUAUGUAUUUAUGCACAAUAUACAGUAACAUAGAUUUUAAUAUAUAACUAUUUCAAGUAAGUAAUUAUAAAAUAAAAUAUAGAGAUAGCCAGAUCAAUUUUAAGUUUUACUUUUAUUAGUUUUACCUGACUUAUUAGGCUGAACCAAGAUGUUUGAUUGCUGCAGUAAGUUUGUAAUAAAGAUUUAAUUUUAGAUUUAUUACAUUUGUAAUUAUACCUUCAAAUUUCCUUAUGAAAGCUUGCUCCUGAAAACAAUAUAAAAAUGUUGGGAUGGAGAAAGGAAAAAAUUGCACUGUAUAUUAAAAAAAACUGAAGAAACCAGAUAUUUAUAUAGAAUUGGCAACAUAUGCUAGAGUGGAUUGAAGGAACAUGUUAUGCACAUGUUGGAAAAUGGUAAAAGUUUUUAAUAAAUGGUUCUUUUUUGAAAGAACCUUUAUUUUUUUAAAUAAGGAGAACUAAUGUUAUCAGAAGAAACAGAACAUUUGAAAGGCUACGAGAUACUUAAGAAUUGUGAGAUAUACAUUAAAAUGAUAGA